GAUUCUGCCUACCGUUGCGAAAUGACUGCGAUCCAAAGAAGUGAUAUUGAAAUUAAUCCCAAUGACAAACUUGGAGAGGGAUCUUAUGGAGCGGUAUACAAAGGCAAAUACAAAGGCGAAGAUGUUGCCAUCAAAAUAAUCGAGCGCAAUAUCGAGCACGGGCAUAUACAACGCGAACCCUUCUACAUGGCUAUGGUCAGUGACCAUGCCAACUUCGUUAAAUUACACGCAGUUGUGAUGGAGAAAACCGAAACUCUUUUGGUAAUGGAGUACAUAGCCGGUGGAAGCUUAUUUCACUUUCUACACAACACAAGAGACGAAUUAACGUACUCGCAAGCCAUUAAUUUGUUGUGUCAAGCAGCUGAGGCAUUGGCUUAUCUCCAUGCAAUGUCAAAGCAACCUGUUAUUCAUCGGGACGUAAAGAGCCAGAAUAUGUUGGUGGACGCCGAGCGCAAAAACUUAAAAAUUUGCGAUUUUGGUUUUGUAAGGCAGUCGAGAGAUGAAAUGACUGCAAAACGAGGUACUCCAAUUUAUAUGGCGCCUGAGGUUUUCAAUGGCAAAAUGUACACUGAUAAAUGUGAUGUGUAUAGCAUGGGCAUUACGAUUUGGGAAGUUCUGGCACGUAAGAUUCCUUACUACAAUGGUGAAAAUAAGUUUCAAAUAAAACUUCUUAGUGAAAUUGAUAAAGGUCUACGGCCCUCUCUGGAUGAUCUUAAAUUUGAUUGUCCGGAUCAAUUSAAAACUUUCAUUCAAAGAUGCUGGGAUAAAGACCCUAACGUUCGUCCCACCAUGCAGCAAGUUGUGGAUGAAUUGCGAAAGCAUAAGAAUGUUUAA